AUGGUUGUAAAGGCUGUUAUUCUCACUGGUGGCCCAAGCAGAGGUACUUCGUUCAGGCCACUCAAUUUGGCUGCUGAUAUGCCCAAGCCACUCUUCCCACUCGGCGGUAAACCAAUGAUCUGGCACCAGCUUCACUCUCUUUCCCAAGUUCCUCACUGCACUGAGGUGUUUCUCAUCGGUUUCUGGCCCGAGGAUACUUUCACUGCGUUUAUAAACCAAGCAAAUGAAGAAUUUAACGGUUGUUUCACUGUAAAAUAUCUCAGGGAGUGGCAGGAAUUGGGUACUGCAGGUGGAACGUAUCAUUUCAGAGACCUCAUCACGCACAACGCUACUGCUUUCUUUAUCAUCCACAGCGACAUCGCCUGUGACUUUCCCCUCAACCAGCUGCGCGCGUUCCACGAAACUCACCAGGGUGUAGGCUCAAUACAGGCGACGCGUGUGUCCAGAAGCAGCGCCCACAAAUAUGGCUGUAUAGUCAGUGACGACAAGGCUUUGGCCAUUCAUUAUGCGGAGAAGCCCGACAGUUUCGUUUCUGAUUUGGUUAGUACGGGGGUUUAUCUCUUCGAUGUCACUCUUUUCGAUGAAAUAGCGGCUAUAAUCGACUGCCACUAUUCCUCAAACAUCCCCCAGCAGGAAAUUGGCUUCGAUGAGCAUAUCCUCCGCCUCGAACAGGAUGUCAUACGGCCGAUGGCUGAUGCUCACAAAAUGUACGUCUUCGAGACUGAUGUGCCAUGGAGACCCAUUAAAAGCGCAGGAUCUGCUUUACCCGCUAAUGAACUCUAUUUGGCUCAGUAUCAGGCUAAGCAGGGGAUUUUGCUCUAUCAACGGGGUGCUCUGGAUGACGCAAGUGAAAAAGAUAGUGAAACUGAAAUUGUCCAGCCAGUGACGAUAGAUCCAUCCGCUCAUAUCGCCCGGGGAUGCAAAAUAGGUCCAUUCGUGUCCAUUGCAGCGAAUGUCGUCGUGAAAGAGGGUGCUAGAGUUGCACAUGCGGUAGUGCAAGAGAAUACGAUAAUCGAGCCCCACUGUUGUAUCCUCUACGCUAUUAUCGGUGCACGAUGCAGGUUGGCACCCUGGGCCCGCGUUGAAGGACAGCCCUUCACGGGUGAUGAGAGCGCACCAACCCAAUCUGGCAUCUGUAUCCUGGCCUGUGACGUACUCGUUACGCGCGAUGUACUCAUACGCAGCUGCAUAGUUCUGCCUAAUAAAUCUCUCUCAACUAGCGCUGCCAGUCAGGUGCUUCUGUAA